ACAAAAAGAUUUCAUUCGCUGCUAUUAUACUUAUACGAGUAUAUAAGCUAACUAUUAUACUACUAUUGUAUAAAAUAGUUGGGCGCUGUGAAUAAACACAAAAAGAGAAUUUUGUUUUAAAAAAAACAUCUCAAGUCACAGUUGAAUCUUAAUCGUUGCAAUUAACGGUUGUGUGAAAUAUAGCAGUUAGUUUGUUAUACGAUAAGAAAAUUAAAUAUUUUUUUUUUUUAAUUUUAAAUUUAACUUUACCGUAAAUUGAAUUUUUUUAAUAAAAAAUUUUUUUUGAAAUUUUUGCAAAAAAUUAUAUAAUAAAUAAGAAAAAAUAAAUUGAAUAGUAACAAAACACAAAAAAAAAAUUUCGUGUUAAAAUAAUUUAAAAAAAAAAAACAAAAAGGUUAAAAAGGAGAAAAAUUUAAAAAUUAUAAAAAAAUAAAAAAAAAAAAUGUUUAGAAGAAUAUCGGGAGCGAUUGCAAUCACAUUAGGAAUUUUCAUCAUUCAAGUUGUUGAAAUUCAUACGGCACAAUGUCCACAACCUAAUGGAAAAUUUCCGGUUGAAGAACAAUGUGAUGCCUAUAUUGAAUGUAUUGAUGGUGUAGCUGAAGAAAAACUUUGUCCAGAUGGUUUAGUUUUCAAUGAUGAAUUUACUCCGGAUGGUGAUUGUGUUAUUAAACCUUUAGUAAAAUGUGGUAAUCGACUUCGUUUACAACCAGCAAAUUCAACAGAAAAUUGUCCCCGACAAUUUGGUUUUUAUAAAUUUGGUGAUGCAAUGCAUUGUGCAGGUUAUAUGAAUUGUGCACAUGGUGUUGGUACACUUACAUAUUGUCCAUUUGGAUUAGCAUUUAAUUCUGAAACAUAUCAAUGUGAUUGGCCCGAUGAAGUACAAGAUUGUGAUCCUGAACAAUAUUUAGGUUUUAAAUGUCCACCAGAAGAAGAAAGACCAGUUGAUGAAGAAGGACAUGAAACAACACCAGAAAAACUUAAAUAUUAUAGAAAUGAAAAAAGUUGUAAACAUUAUUUUGUUUGUGUUAAUGAUAAACCACGUUUAUAUACUUGUGCUCAAUUUUUAGUAUUUAAUGAAAAAAAGAAAGCAUGUGAUUUUAGAUCAAAAGUACCAGAAUGUGCACAAGAACAAUCUGAAACAAUUAAUUUAAAAGAUGUAACAAAAUUAAAAGUUAUAGAAGAUGGACUUAAAGGAUUUUUUAAAUCUGAUAAUGAAAAACUAGAAGAAUCACAAGCUUAAUUAAUCUUGAUAAAUGAUGAAAUUUAUAUUAUAUAAUUUGAUAUUGUUUAAAAAUUUUAAUGAAAUUAUUCAACUUAAAUCGAAAGCGUUUAACUC